AUGGUUGUUCACAUUUUCAAGGUUUUUGUCGCUAGUCCUAAUAAGCCUCGAGACAUGAGAAAUAUUCUCGGGAAGAACCAGGAGAAGCUGCUAGGCUUGCUUCAUAACCUAUCGCCGGGAAAAAGGGAUGAUUUUUUAUAUGCUUUGUAG